AUGCAUUCAACCUCUAAUCCAUUGACUGCUGUGCCCGGAACUGCUGUUUCCACUCGCUCAACCACAAAGACAACCGCCACAACAACUAACACCACGGGCAGUGCAGCAAAUGUAACGACAAACUCGGCCACUCACGGUCGUAUAUCUGAUGGCAAAACAGAUUUGCCGUGUAAGCUGAAUCAAGAGAACCUCUCCGAUAGUGCCUCUUCUGAAGACGCCUCGGAUGAGGAGAUUUGGGCACCGAUGCCCGUACGCGGUAUGCUAAGCAAAUGGACUAAUCUGCUUCACGGUUGGCAAGAACGCUAUUUUAUCCUAUCCGAUGGAAUGCUCACAUACUACAGAAAUUCAGAUGAGGUUAGCCUCGGAUCGCGUGGAGCGGUACGUGUGCGACUCGCCGAUGUGAAAGCACACGAGUAUGAUGAUUGUCGAUUCGAAGUGAGUCUGCCACAGUUCAACUUGUGA